AUGACGAGAGAGAUAAGAGAAAUGAGAGAAGUGAUGGAAAGGAGAGAGGAGAGAGAGAGGAGGGAGGAACAGUGGAGAGUGGAAAGAUGGACGAGGGAGGCGAGGAGUAGAGAAAGGAGAGAAGGAACGACGGAUGUGAACGAGGGGUGGCAGAAGAAGGAAAAGGAGAAGAAGACAAGGAUGGAAGAAGGCAAGGAUGGAACAAGUAAGGAGGCGGAGGGGAAGGGGACGAGACGGAAGGAAGGAAGCAAAACGACAGGAGACGGAAGACAGGAAGUAAGAGCAGAAGAGGUAGGAGAAGGGAGAGAGGAUCAGAGAGAAAAGGUAGGAAAUGUGGAACAGGCAAGGAGGGAGAGGGAGAGAACGCGAAUCCAGAAGGCAAAGGAAGGAGAGGAGAGAGAGGAGGAAGCAGAGAAUGAAUGGCAGAAGAGACAGAGGGAGAGAGAAGAAAGAGAAAAGAAGACAAAGGAGCCAAGGAAAGGGUUGAGAGAGGGAGGAUGUAUGGAGGCGAAGGAGAGAGAAGGGGGAAGGGGAGAAAAGGACGUACGAGAGGACGGUAAAGGGGGGAGGGAAAAGGGAGAAGGGAGGAGGGAGGGACAGGGAAAGAUAGGAGAGGGAAGAGAGGGGAAAAGGGAGGAAGACAGAAGGAAGAGAAUAGUAUGGAGAGGAGUAGAAGGCAAGGACAGGGAGGAAAGGUUAUGGAGGAUAAGGAGAGCGAUAAAAAACACGAUAGGUAGGGAUAUAGAGAUAGGGGAGAUAGCAGAGAGGAUGGGGGAAGGGGGAAGGGUAGUAGUAAUUACGGAAAUAAUGGAGGAGGAGGAUAGGGAGGAGACGUUGAUGAAAGCAGACUACCUAAGAGCGAAGUGGGGGUUAAAGGUGGACGAGGAUUUAAGCAUGGAGGAGAGAAGGACGAGGUGGAGGAUGGUGGAAAAGGCGAGAGAGGAGAGAAAUAGAGGGAGAAGGGUGAGGGUGGAGAACAGGAGAAUGUGGGUGGACGGGAGAGAGUGGACAUGGGAAAAGGGGACAGAGGAGGGAGAGUGGAGAGGAGAAGGAGAAGGAGGAAAGCAGAGGAAAGAGAGGGGGGAAGCAGAAUGGAGAAUAGCACAGGAGGAACGAGAAAGGAGGAUGGAGGCAGAGGCAAGGGAGAGCGAAGGAGGAGAAGGAAAAGGAAGAAGAGACGAGGAAGAAGAGUAA